AUGGCCUAUUCUCCAUCCGAUAUCGACUGCAAGGCAGCGACCAUCCUGCCGGCGCAUGUCAACGAACCUCCACAACCACAGGGCUUGACCAGCGACUCCAAACCCGUCCCAGUAACAUGGCGAAGACGGUUCCAAAGCUCAAUAUUCGGCAAACCGAUUGUAUAUUUUGGUGUUUGCGGAUUGUUAGCAGUCAUCUUGACUCUCGUUCUCGGCUGGCUGUUGAUUCCUGCAAUCAUUCCAACAGUGACGCUACGGCAAGGGACAUUUCGGGGUGUCAUUAUCAACAGACCAAAUUUCCCCAAGCCUGUGGAAGCUCACCUGUGCAUUCCUUACGCCCUUCCACCGGUCGGAGAAUUGAGAUUCGCGAGGCCACGGCCUGUGCUCGCUUCGAACGAGACUUUCGAAGCCUCCCGCUUCGGGCCAAGGUGUCCCGGCAAACCGCUAAUACCACUUCCUGACGGAGGAGACAACGGCAACGAGGAUUGUCUGACGGUCAAUGUCUUCCGGCCUGCCGCCAGUAGUGAGGAUGAUGAUGAGGAAGUGUUGAAUCUCCUCCCAGUUGCAGUUUACUUCCAUGGGGGGGCAUUCAACAGAGGAGCUGCCAAGGGUCACGAUACCGCGGCGAUGGUAGCUUGGGCGGAGCCCUUUGUUGCAGUCACGUUCAAUUACAGGUUGGGAGCCUUGGGGUUUUUGAACUCGAUUGCGGCAGCGGAAGAAGGCAUCUUGAACCUUGGUCUACAUGACCAGAUUCAAGUGCUCCAGUGGGUUCAGGAAAACAUCGCCGCUUUCGGUGGUGAUCGUGCGCAAGUGACCAUCAUGGGAGUGUCAGCAGGCGCACACUCUGUGGGCCACCACCUUCUGAAUGACAAAAGUGUCUUCCACCGAGCAAUCAUGGAAUCCGGUGGACCAUAUUCACGAGCCCUACACCACUUUAACUCCAGUCUCAACACACAGCAAAGCUCCGCCUUCAUGUCGCUGGUAGGAUGCCUGGACAGCGACAUAGCAUGCCUCCGCACUGUCAAUGCCAGCAAGUUAGUAAACGCCUCGGACACAGUCUUCGAACAGUGGAACCCGUCGCUGCGAUGGGCGUGGCAGCCGGUGAUCGACGGCGAGCUGGUUCCCGGCCGGUCCUUGGAGCAACAGCGACCAAGCAACAUCCCGAUCCUAACGGGGUUCAGCACGAACGAAGGAUCCAUGUACGUGCCGAGAAACCUGACCACGGACAAACAGUUCGAUUCUUUUUUCUCCACCCUACUUCCUCAGGUGGCCCGCAACGAAAGCAUCUCUCACAUCUACCCAGCAACCGCAUACCCCGAGUGGCGCAGCGUCGGGAAGGAAUUCCGCAGGCUAGAAGCCGCAUACGGCCAGUACGCGUACUCGUGCAGCGUGCGGCAAACGGCGUCCAUCUUCUCCUCGAGCGACAUCCCAACCAAUGCCACCCGCACCGCCCCAGUCUACCUUUUCCACUGGGCCGUGAACCGCACCGUCCUGGGCGGCGCAGGGCAUGGCGACUACGUCGCCUACGAAACCAUGGAUUCCAACGUGCGCUCUAUCUCGCGCACCCAGCGCGAGAUAGCCACGCUUUACCAUGGCUACCUCACGAAUUUCAUCGUCUCGGGAAAUCCGAAUCACAACAGAGACAGCAGCGUGCUACAAGGCGGUCCAGAGUGGCUGCCCGUGCAGGAGGGCAGUCACACUAUGAUCUUCGGACUGGGCAACGAUGAGCGCGCCGGUGGGACGCAUCAAGGCGUCGCCGCCCAGUUUAUGGAGGAUGACUGGGCCCGAGACGAGUGUGAUUUCUGGCACAGGCAGAGUCGCAAAUAUGAGGAUUAA